GAUACCAUCGAGGUGUGGCGCAUCACUAACGUGCGCUUCGUUUCGUUCGCGUUUCAGCGUACAAUUUUUCUGUUUUUGUGUUUUCAAUGUAAUUCCAAAUAAUUAAAAUGAUUUUAUUACCAGUGAUAAGUUUUAUUUUCUAAAUUUGACAAGUUUUUAGUCCAUCGCAUCGUUUUGCGAUGGACGUACAGGACGAGAGUGUCUUGGACGUUGAUUUGCUAGCUGACGAUGGAUCUGAAGAAGAAGGCGAAGCCCCGCCGUCGUCAGAAUUUUAUACAGGGCCUGGGUCAACACCAACUUCUUGUGCGUCCUCACCUCGGGGUGAAGAGCCUGCUUCUCCCCAUGGAGGUAUAUCGCAGCCCGCAUUCUUCCAUCAUCAGACCUAUACCCGACCAUUCUUCACAUCAGGUCGGAGGGGGCCAGGCCGACCUAGAAAAGAAGGACCUAAAUUGGUUAGAGAAGGAAAGAUUGUUAGAAGGUAUAGAGGGGGCAAUGCAGGUUCUCUCAGAGGGGCUAAGAGACACCGUGGUAGUAGAGAUGAUUCACUUGAAGAUAUGAUGGAUGAUGAUGAUUUCUCUAUCCCACCCUUACCUGAAGAACCACCAUAUAUGCCAGAAAAAUGGCCAGGGAAAGUAUGCGCACUGUGCAACUUAAGCGAGCGCAGUCAGCUUGGGCAGGGCGAGAUGAAGCAAGUGAUGUGUAAGCUAGGUGAUGGCGAUGGCAGCAGCACACCAGCGGUUACCAACUCCGGCGGCGCGACGCCCACUAACGCGGCGACGCCGACGAGCACGCCAAGCACGCCGGUCACGCCGGGACUGGUGUCUCCACCGCCAGAACUUGUUGACCCUAAUCAACACCCACUUGCAUUACCACUGAGUAGACGGCAGAAAGCAUUCAAUAAAUGCAAGACUCCCCUGUACAACAUGGAACACACAGAUGAAUUAUCUAUAAUUGGGUACACGGAUGUGAUGGAAUUGUCUGCAGUAGUGUCAUCUGGAGCUCUGUAUGUUCACCGGUGUUGCCUUGAUUUCACUCCCCCAUUCCAAGAGCAAGUAGCUGCUGCUUCAAAUUCAGAAGAAGAGAAGGAACAGUUAGAGGACGCAAGAGUUAAAGGGAUAGUGUCGACGGCUUUAUCGCGAAAAUGUGCCUUUUGUACUAGACAUGGUGCCAGCAUACCCUGCAAAAUGAGUUGCAGCAAAUACUUUCAUUUGCCCUGUGUACUUGCCUCUGGGGGCUUCAUUGAUUUUCAAACCAAGUCUUCCUUUUGCAAGGACCAUCUAUAUCAAGUGCCUCUUAUUUGUACUGCUGACAUAGACUGUAGGACGUGUCGAACUAUCGGCGAUAUAGCAAACUUAAUGACUUGUGUGACUUGUGGCGCACAUUACCACGGGACGUGCGUUGGCCUGGCGCAGCUACCAGGCGUGCGGUCGGGCUGGUCGUGUCGCUCGUGCCGCGUGUGCCAGGUGUGUCGCGGCGAGGCGGGCGCGGCGGCCGCCGGCAACGAGGCGCGCGCCGUCACCUGCGAGCACUGCGACAAGGUCUACCACGCCACCUGCCUCCGGCCCGUCAUGGCCACCGUGCCCAAAUACGGAUGGAAAUGUAAAUGUUGCCGCGUGUGCUCGGACUGCGGCUCGCGGUCGCCGGGCGCGGGCCCGUCGUCCCGCUGGCACGCGCACUACACGGUGUGCGACUCGUGCUACCAGCAGCGCAACAAGGGCUCGUGCUGCCCGCUCUGCCGCCGCGCCUACCGCGCCGCCGCCUACCGCGACAUGAUACGCUGCACGCUCUGCAAGAGAUACGUACACGGAAUGUGCGAUCCCGAUGCAGAACCUCAGCAAUAUAGACAGAAGAAAGACCAAAAUCCUUCAUAUGAAUACAACUGUCCAAUAUGUAAAGCUCAGAUGCAAAUGACCGGCUCCAAAAGUGGAUCAUUUGAUGACGAUAAUGUUGCGUCGACAUCUCAAGACUCGUCAUUCGGUGAUGAAAAUUCACAGCAAGAGCAGGAUCCUCUCGCAAUUGAACCAAAGCUGGAUGUUGGUCUUGGCAAAGGAAAACCUUAUACUGUAACAUCAAAAGUAGCUAAAAAGAAAAUAGGUGGUUACAAGCUGAAGGGCGGGUUCCCUCCAGCAGGAAAACUUGGUUUCCAGAAGCGCCAAAGAUCUGUCUUAGAUUUUGGACGAAAAAGGGGUACUAAACCAAAGAUGAGAGGAGUGUUUGGUGUUCCAGGAUUAGGUCUGCAAAGACCACAAGCUCCUGAUAAUAAGACCCCUGAAGAUGAUCCAGGGGUUGAAAACAAGUUGGUGUUAUGCUCAAGUAAAGACAAGUUUGUGUUAACACAAGAUCUUUGCGUAAUGUGCGGGGCAGUAGGAACAGACUCUGAAGGGUGCCUUAUUGCUUGUGCGCAGUGCGGACAAACUUACCAUCCUUAUUGUGUUAAUGUUAAGGUAUCUCAAGUGAUAGUAACAAUGGGCUGGCGCUGCCUGGACUGCACGGUGUGCGAGGGCUGCGGCUCGCGCGGCGACGAGACGCUGCUGCUGCUGUGCGACGACUGCGACACCACGUGGCACACGUACUGCGCGCGCCCGCAGCUCAGCGACGUGCCGCGCGGCGCCUGGCGCUGCGAGCGCUGUCGCCGCUGUCUCGUGUGCGGCACGCGCCACACGCUGGCCUGGUGCGACAACUACACAGAAUGUGCUCCUUGCGCUUCUCUGGUGAUGUGUUGCGUCUGCUCGGAGCCUUAUUCUGACGGCGAGCUUAUAAUACAGUGUGAAGGUUGCCGGCGCUGGUUACAUGCGUCCUGUGAUUCAAUACGCAGUGAAAAUGAUGCCGAAGUGUGCUGUCGCGCUGGAUACAAGUGCGUGCUGUGCCGCGGCCGCGAGCUGCCGCCGCCGCACCAGGCGCGCGAGGCGGCGGCGGGCGCGGCGCCCGCCCCCGCGGCCCGGCCCGCGCCGCGCCCCACGCCCGCCUCGCUGGGGCUGGCGGGCGAGUACUACGUGGACGACGUGUGUCUGUCGCAGCGCGGCGCGCACCACAUGAAGCAGCUCGAGGCCGAGAUGGGCAUCACGCACACGCGCCGCAAGCGACGCUUCAAGAACGACAACACUGAGAAAGACGCAGAAAUAAUGGCAUCUAUUGAAACAGUGGUUCAGAAUGCAGACGUCGAGAUGGGAGACGACUCCAAGCCAGACAGCACAGCUGAAGUUAAAGAUGAACCUGGUGCGAGCAACACGAAUUUCAAGGAAGGUAUACUGUGGAAUGUAGCCAACGAUGGUCCACCUCCCGAAGGUUUUACGAUAUACACGACCGAUUCAGGUCUUACGGUACUGCGCCGGAAAAGGCAAAGGAAUUUAAACAAGCUCGGGAUUGGAGGGUUCGUUGUUAGACAACGACAGACCACAGCUAAGGCGCAGGCUGAUGAUGACAAAGACGGCGAUGGCACACAGGCCUCUGGUGAAUCGCCGAGCAAUAAGCGUAAACCACGUCGGAAACCGCGUUCUAAGCUGAUGGAGCAGUUCCCUUCAUAUAUGCAAGAAGCAUUCUUCGGUAAAGACUUACUGGAGCCUACUAAGGCAGCUGUCAGUUCUACUGCGAACCCUGGCGAGAGUCCGGGCGGCACACUGCGGGCCACGACGCCGGAGGGCUACCGCGAGCUGCGCGACUCCAAGUGGGACCUCGACAACUCCGACAGCGACGGCGACGACAUGCUCGCCGCGCUCACCACCUUCAACGACCACGAUACUACCAUCCUCAUCACACUUAAUACCGAGGAAAUAGAAAUUAUGAAUUCACUUAAACCGAAGGAGGAGAAGGACGAAUCAUCGAAUACAACAAACUCGGAUGGUACAGUAAAAGUGAAGACUGAGUUAGAUGACGGACAACUGAAGCAUACGGAAGACUCCACGGCUCUAAAGAACGCGAUACUUGGGCCGCAGUCAGCUGAACCUGAGCCACCGCCGACCGUCGCUACGGAGAGCAUUCCUACCGUACAUAGUACCAAGACUGAGGCUAUUAAUAGUGAAACUGGUGGAUCAUCACAAGCAUCAACUAUAUCGUCGAAAGAUGAUUUAUCGCUUUUGGGCGUAAACUUAGAUGCGAUGGUGCGAGACGGACUACGUGACGGUUUACCCGACAUGGACAGUAACGAUGUCGACGAAAUAUUCAAAGGAGUUCUUACUGAUGAUUCACAGGAGUCGCAAGAAUCGUCCGUGUCGUACGUGAACUCGAUGGCGGGUACGCCUUAUUCACAGCAACGGCAACAGUUACAGAGCCCCAUGGAAUACACAUCUCCAUACCCGGAGUUUGGUGGUAGUAGCAGUAACAGCGCGAUGAGCCCGCUGUUCUCGGAGAGCGGCAGCGGCGGCGCGGCGGGCUGGCCCGACAGCGCGCAGGCGCCGCCGCCCUCCUACAACCAGCGCAGCGCCGACAAGAUGCGCGCCGACGAGAGUUUAGGAUCAGCAGCCACGAUUUCAGCCGUCUUAUACGCUAACACCAACCACCCAGAAUGGAAGACGGAAUUCCCGAACUGGGUGGACCGUUGUAAGCAAAUACUAAAGAAAUGGCGCGCCUUGCCAUCCGAUCAAAAAGCACCUUAUUUGCAACGUGCCAGAGACAACAGAAGCGCCAUCCGUAUGAAAAAGGCACAACAGGAGCUUCACACACCGAGCGCAGUUUGGCGCGAUGGUGCCAUGCAGAAGGAAUUGGAUGAUGCGUUUCAUAUGGAAUUGGACUGCGAACAAGAGCGAGCGUGCAACCAGCAGCGAAGUGCGCGCGAGGCCGAGCAAGAGAGGCAGUGGAAGCAUCUGCAACAACAGCGUCAGCAGCAGACGCAGCAGCAACAACAGAUCAUACACGAUCAAAGGAUGCAAGCAGCCAUGCAGCGUCUCCGCGCGCCGGACGGCAGCUCGCCGCCGGGCGCGGGCGUGGCGCCGGGCGCGGGCCCCGGGGCCCCCGGGGGCGCGGGGCUGGGGGGCCCGCCCGCGGCCGCGCCCCCCGCCGAGGCGCCCCGGAGCGCCUUCCCCGCACAGCGCUUCCCGCUGCACUACGGCAACAACGAAGACAUCAACCGCCAGCUGCGGGACUUGCUGCAGCGCCACCCCGAAAAGAUGUGGCCACCACAAGAUGGAUCACAAGUGGCCAGUGGUGCUGUUGAAGGCCAGCCUUUCCGCCAGCCGCUGCCUGUGACGCUGCGAGCGCGCGCACCACUUAUGCACACUAACCGCCCUGAACACCAUUUAAUUAUGCAACAGCGCAUCGUAACACCAGAUAAUAGUCAACUACAGCAGAAUAUCAACAACCCUGCUGCCCAACAAAUGGUAGACCAGAAACAAAACAUUGCCCAGAACAAUGCUUCAAACAAUGAUAACAAGCAUGAUGCCAGUCAUGAUCAAGGCACGGAUGAAAUGGAUAUGGGAGAUAUGGACAAGCUUGAACAAGAUGGCGGGAAUAUUGGAGAGGUGGGCGACAUUCUAACUGGUCUUGGCGGAGAGGAUGAUGAGGAAUUGUUCGAGACGCUGACGGCGGAGAUAGGCGAACAGUUUAACAUUCUAGAGUACGCCGACCCUGAGCUCGCGACUUUGAACGACGCCGAGCAUAUUCUAGAUGGGUUGGAACUUGCUGAUGAUGGCAUGCCCGAGAGACAUGCGAAAAGAGAACCUGAGGAUGAAGCUGAUCACGCACAGGAUAACAAAAUGUACAAUGACCUACAAAAGUCUGUGAAGAACAUAGAAUCCAAUAAACCCGAAGUAAAAUCCGAGUUGGAGGAUGUCAAGCCGGAUGUUAAAAUAGAGGCGCCGUCCACGCCCGCUCCGCAGCAAAUGUUCAACGACAUGCAGAGGGGCAUUACACCAACACAGCAAAUGGCGUUGCAAACUGCAAUGCAAGCGAUAAAGUCGGAGGUUAAGCUGGAAGCCGAAGAUAAACCUCAGAGACCGGUGUUCACGCAAAUGUUCACUAACAUGCCUCAAAGGCUGCAAAUACCGCAUCAGCAACAACGUCCUCAGCAGUUUGGUCAACCUGGCCAACCUCAAGUGAUGAGCCAGCAGAUUGUACAGCGACCACAAGUACAGUUUGCAUCAACACAACACAUGCAUUUUGCUCAGGGAGGAGCGGGCCAGCAGAGCCCGGCGAGCCCGGCGGGCGGCAUCCCGGCCAGCGCGGCCAGCAUCGUGAGCGCCAUGACGGCGCAGGUCAACGCGGCGCUGGCGGCCGGCCGCGCCAUCGCCGCCGGCACGCGCUUCGUGGCCGCCGACGGGACCGUGGGCGUCGUGCGGGCGGACCGCACCGUCGCGCUCGCGCAUCUGCCCUAUGCUGCAACAGGUGCCGGCGUGGCCAACGCGACCGGCGGGGCCCGCGCGCCGCCGCCGCCGCCGUACCCGGGCACGCUGCGCCAGCCGCAGCCGCCACCGCCGCCCUACCCGCAGAACGUAAACCAGGAGCAACCGUUGCUUCUCGAGGAGCUUCUGGAGCAGGAGAAGCGCGAACAGGAGAGAGAGGGAGGCGAGUGGGUGGGUCAGAGCGCGCCCCCACCCGCGCCGCCCGCCCCCGCGCCCGCGCCCUCCAUCCCGCUGUACAGCGGUGUGGCGCCGCCGCAGCCUCCCGCGCCGCCCGACCGCGCCAACAGCGACGCCGACCACCACGCGCGCCUGCUGUACGAGCAGUGGCUCAAGCAGUACAACGCCUUCGCCGCAGACCAGCAGCGCUACUACGAAGUCGAGGUUCAGAAGCUUCGGAAGAUCCGCAAGUCGCUGAACAGUAAGCAGCGCCAGCUACGGAAAUCGGGCAACGAGCUACUACCAAAUGAUGCGGCUGAGUUGCAGAGAGUUGCCACAGAACAGCAAGCAUUGCAGAAACAUCUUGAAGCAGCCCGAAAACAGGCUCGUCAGCACAGCAUGCUUAUUCAGGAAUACGAGACUAAACAGCGACAGCAAAAUCCUCAGCUGGCCCAACAGACUGUUAUAAACCAACAACAGAUCUCAACAAAUCAAACAGUGUUUGCUCAAAAUCAAAACAUUACCCAGAACCAGCAAGUACAACAACAGGCAACGAUCAAUCGCCCGAUGCAACUGGGUUUACAGGGUGCCACAAUACAACAACAACAAACGUUAAUACGUACCCAACAGACGGUUAUAGGUGCUGACGGCCAACCAAUAUCUCAACAAAGAAUUGGUUUGGUGACGUCACCCUUGAAUGCUCAGGGACGACUUCUGCAGGGAGGUAGAACGCUCGUAAUUGAACAGGCGGGAGCGCCACAACAACAGCUAGUAAGACAACUGUCCGGUGUACAAGAAAGACCGCAGUCAGUUGGCGGCAUGGUGCAAUUUGGACAGCAGCAGUUAGGUGGAGUAAGAAACUCGAUGCAACCAGGAUCUCAAACACCACGUCCUACGGGAGCGCGGCCAGCAAUGUCGCCUUUACACGUGCAGUCGCCACAUUCGCAGUCUCCGCUGCAUUCGCUCGCUCCGCAGUCACCAUUGCACCACCUGACUUCUCCAAUGCAGUCGCCAUUGCAUUCGCAACAAUCUCCGCUGCAUCAUACGUCGCAGUCGCCUCUGCAUCCAUCGACUCAGUCUCCUCACCACACACAGCAAUCGCCACUGCAUUCACAGCAAUCGCCCAUGCAUGUGCAACAGAAUAAUCUAUCUCAGCAAUCGCCGAUGCAUCCUCAGCAAUCACCAAUGCAUCAACAACAGUCUCCGAUGCAUCCCCAGCAAUCGCCGAUGCAUCCACAACAAUCUCCGAUGCAUCCGCAGCAGUCACCGAUGCAUCAGCAGUCGCCGAUGCACCAACAAUCACCUCUGCAUCAGCAAAAUCAAAUGUCGCAGCAUUCAUCAAUGCCACAGCAGUCGCCUAUGCAUUCACAACAGUCGCCGAUGCAUCUGCAGCAAUCGCCGAUGCACACGCAGCAAUCCACCAUGCAAACUUCGAUGUCGCCACAACAUUUCCUGCAACAAUUACAAGCUCAGCGGACAAGUCCUCAACUACCGACACCUAGCCGUAGUCCUCAGAUCUAUCAACAAUCUCAAAUUCAAAGUCCUGUGGCGUCCCAUUCUCCGCAAUUACAAAAUGACUAUGCAACAGGCAGAUUUUCUCGACCCGCGCCUGGUUGCUCUCCAUUGCCGACAAGAUUUGCUAGACCGCCGCACCAUCAACAAGGAAUAAGAGUGGGAGGACCUUUUGGAGGGCGCCAACAAACAUCACCGCUUGGCAGUCCACAGCCACUGCCAUCGCCUGGAAAUCCAGCUAACGAGAUGGCUCGCCAGCAGAUGCUGCAGCGGCAGCAGUACAGCCCGAUGGGCGGCGCGCCGGCGUCGCCGUCGGUGGCGCGGUCCCCGCACGUGGCGCGCACGCCCACGCCGUCCGCGUCGCCCGCCGCGUCGCCCGCGCCCGGCGGCCUGCACGAGCACGGCGGCGGCCUGCACGGCCCGCACGCGCCCGCGCCGCUGCCGCCCGGCUACCGCUACUACAAGCCCGGCCUGCUCGGCGGGGCGCCCGGCUGGCCGCCGCGCGACGACGACCGCCGCCGCCCCGCGCAUCUCACUAAAGUCUCUAUACUCAAGCGGCGAACACCGCCCCGACCGCGCAUGCUCGGUGGUAAUGCUCAGCCCACGCACGAGCAGCGAGAUGAUGCCAUGGAUACUGCUGCGGCAUCCAUAUCCACUGAACAACGCGGUUACGUUGUGUACGCACCCGAUACUAUAGACUAUGGGGCGCGCGCGUCGCGGUCCGAUGAUCCCCGUGCAAUGGUGCGCUCUGACGACGAUGAUGAUGACGUCGAAGAGUUAGUAGAACACUUAGAUGACGACGACAUUGUGUUGGUCGAGCCCGAUGUGAUCUCACCUGAGGAGCGCAUAGCCACGGAAGAAGACUUUGAGGAACUCAUAGAUAGCGGCAAGCCUGAAGAUGAACCCGAAGAAGACACACAACCCGAGCGGGUGCCUACACGUACCGAAACCACAACUAAAACAGUGGCUGUUAUUAGUCUUUCCACCGGCAAGCAACCCUCCAAUGUGCAGCAGUACAAGAUUGUUAACCCUGGUGCUGGUGGCCCGUUAGGUCGACUACCAGUACUAAGUGCCACCAUGUUGUCACCUCACACGAAUCCCAAAAUUCUAGACGAGGUGUCCCAGGCGACAGUAGCCUCAGUAUCAAUAGCUAACCAAACUAUAUCAGUACCUGUACUUAAAAACCUGUCAGUGCCGAUCGCCAGCGUUGCUAAUCACGUGGCAGGGGUAGCGAAAUCUCAGAUAAAGAAAAUGCCGUUGAACCUAGCAAAUCCGCCUCUGACAAUAAACAUGUCCACAACCGCACUCUCUAAGCCAAUCAGCUCUGUCAUCAGUGUAAUAUCCUCAAAUGUUCCAAAAGUGACAAACAUAAACCCUCCCCGAGUGCCCGUCUCUAUUUUGACUCAGCAUCAAGUCAAGCAGAAGAUUGUGAAAACUAUUGAGAAGCCGAUGAUGCUGGCCCUAUCUAACUCGAAGCUGUCCAGCUUGUCUGUGACUCAUGAUGCAACACUGCCGGCGAAGAUAUUCCAAGACGACGCCGCGUCACCUGACAGCACGGUUGCAUCCGAUCACAGUUCUGAUAAAGACCAAAACCUGAUGAGUUCCACUCAACAUUUGUCAGCGAUGACUUCUCAAGGAUCAUCAAAAAUGGAUCAGAGACCAGGAUCUAUGUUUAAGGAACCAAGUAAAGAUAUCGAUAUUGAAAACGAAAUAAGUCAGCAAACGGAACUUCCGCACACGUUAUGUCUUUCGGAUCGUACACCUUUACUGUUAGGAAAAGCUGAUAUCAAAAGUCCGGAUCCCAUCCCGGAGAAAAUACCCGAUAAUAUCAUGGAAGGUGACGACGAGGACAAACCCGAAGAUAACAUUCAGAGCAACUUACUAUUGUCUUAUAAUAAAAGCAUUGUAGAACCGCCUCCUCCAAAUCCUCCACUAUCACAAGAAAACAAAUCCGAAGAAAAUGUUAUGAAAACUAUUAAAGCCAUCGCUAAUCAAACAAAAGAGAUGGUGAUAGAUUCAAACAUGCAGAUCACCUCUGAUAUGGCGCAAGAAUCAGUUCAAAUAUCAAUACCGUCGCCAACGCCUUCGCAGGAGCGGUACCUUAACGACAUUACCAUGCAAGAGCAUCAUGAGGCUACAGAAAACACUAAGCAUGUGGAAAGUUUCGAAGAUAUGCUGUGCAUACUCGAAAAUAUAGGAGACGAUAACAAACCGUUUGGUGUGAACAAACCAAAUCAAAAACCACCAAGCCAAGCUCCGAAUCAAAAUGUAAAUAUUCAAAAAACGGAAACAGAGCGAAAAGAAAGCCAAGAGCAGUCUAGUUUUGCUAAACGUGAACCUGAGAGGCUUGCAUUACAGUCGGCUACGGUCCCGCAGCUAUCACCUCUGUCGCAACCCGCCGAACUAACAUCUAAUAUGGCAAAUGUUUCGCAACAAUUACGCACCAUUAUGUCGUCGCUAAACCCCAACACGUCAAAAGUAGAUACUCAAACUGUGAUGAGGAAAAAUAGUGAUGCAACCACACCUACGCAAGUGAAUUUCGAAAAUUUAUUGCCAUCCUCAAAAGUGGAGGUCGCUGCGUCAAGACCGUCACCUAUACAAAGAAUUGAUAAACCUAUCUCGUCUAUGCCGUCCUCGGAGAGCAUGCCUAUGAGUGCGGCCCAGGCUAUAGGAUCCCGGGUUAAUACCUUACAGACAAUGGGACAAAUGCGAAAGUCACCCAAUGUCUCUCCUAUUAAUUCACCUGUGAGUUUACAAAACUCUUUGAUGAAAUCACCCGCGCCUCUUAUUUCUAAUCAAUCUCAAUUUUCAUCAAUGGAUGAAAAUGGAUCAUCAUCGUCUCAAAUUAUUCAAAUGCCAGCUCUUUCAAAAAUUCAUAACUCAACUGCAACUUCUAUGAUGCAUACAAGUAAUACGAUGACUACAAGUAUGACAGGUUUUCAGAAAAAUCAGGCGUUACCUACUAGUAUUCUAGGACAUACGCUGCUACAACCUUCAAGACAGAUAAAUACUAGUAACUUACAAUUUAACCAGCAGAGUAUAAGUUCCAGUCAACCGCCAGCUCUAGUCAUGACCUCUAGACCACUAAUGGGUAACAAGGAAACACCACCAAACGUAACUGUACGUACACACAGCAUAGUCAGUUCAGGCAUAAACCAAAUGCAACAGAAACCAGCACCUGGCUCUAUAAAUUUCAUCACGUCAUCAAAACUUUUACACACUCAACUAACUUCGCCAUUAAAAAGAUCUAAAUCCACUGAUGAACCAAAAAGCGAAGUUAUCGUCGGACAUAUACAACCUACGAAGCGUCAUAGCGUGGAAGCAGUAGUAGUGAAAUCAGAACCUAUGGAAACUGAUGAACCUAUCACUUCCAUAACUACGACAGAAUCAUCAGGAAAACAACAAAUGCAGCAGACAACGGCGAACCAAAAAAAUGAUGAAUCUCAAAACGUGUUGUUGAAGCAGUUAUUACAAACUACGACGACGGCCGCUACCGUAGUUCCUCAACGCACUAUGACCAUUCAAAGAACUGCACCGGCCUUAGGUUCUAUACCAUCCUUGGAAGCUCAACUAGCACGACCAUCAAUACCACCACCCACAUUGUCCUUGAGCCAAGAAGUAGAGCUGCCGAAGAAUUCGCCUCGUCAUAUAGCUUGUAGUGUGGUGAAUUCUCCGUUUACGUCCCGACCAGUUCAAACGUCUAUACCGACAUCUACAAUAUCAGCCUUAACGCAUGCUUCGACGCAGUCUUUGAUGGAUGUUCGCAAGCCGCCAGUCAAAAUGUUAACCAAGGAAGAAACAACUCCUAUUCCUGAAAGUUCUCCUACUAUAAAAUCUAUGCAGAUGUACCCAAUGAAUAUAGAGAACCAACAGUUGCAUCAGGCUAUAAAGAAAGAAAUUGCUCCACCACAGCAAAGUCCUGUACCAAGACCAUUUACACCAAUGGAUGUGAAGAAAGAAUUAUUGGAUGAGAGCUCACAACAGUCGGCUACAUCAGGAGUAUCAACUGCUUCUGACCAAGGCAAACUUGAUCAGCCCAUGAAAGAAGAAUUCCCUGAAAGUGUUAGCAUGGACCAUUCAUCAGAAGCUAAUGCACCUGAAACACCAUCUGAGGCAAAGAAACGGAAACGGCGAGAGUAUCAGCAAAAGAAACGUAAACAGUUACAGAUGAAUAUGAAAGCAGCUGCAGAAAACAACUUGAAUGCUACUAACGCUAAAAAGCGUCCACGUAAGGGCUCUAGAUAUGAGGAAGAUUACGACACCUUUAUCGAUAACUUGAUGGCACAGUUACGAUUACUUCCAGCGAUGCAAAUUCAAGAACCAGCUCUAACUACAAACUUUGCUGUUUGUCCUCUGUUUGGUUCAGGAGAUUUGACCAAAUUAAAGAACAAAGAUUAUGACAUAUUAAAAGGAGAUUUGGUUGGUGAAUUCGGAAACGCUAAAAUUCCUAAUGUCGGCGAUUACUACAAUACCAAACCGUUCGGAGAUGAAGAACCUUUGCCAGAGAAACCACAAACGUCGACACAGAGAGGAUUCUACGACCAAGAGUUUCAACCGAUUGUAUUUGAUGAUGACCCAGAAGAUAAAAAGCUUGACUUCAUUUGUAAAGAGCGAGACACCGACACACCUGAUAGCAUUGUUAGCUGCUCAAGUCCUGAAUGUCUCGAAACUGAACCUCCGAACAGAUUCCCAGGACUCAAACUUAUUGAUGACGAAGAGGAAGAUGAAGACAGUGACUCUGCGUCUGGUCGAAUAUCACCAAUUAUUCCUAUAAUUGCGCCAGUUCCUAUAAGAGUAAAGCCUGUAUCGUUAUACCAACUGAAGGAUGAGGACGAGAAUAAGAAAGCGCUUAAUUCGCUGGACACAGACGCUGCUAAAGCUAAAGGUGUUGACUCGCCUGGUAACACUGAAACGAAUGAAAAUGUCACCGUUACCCUCACUCUAACAUCUGGUGCGGCUGAAGAUAUUCUAGGAGUACUUAAAGAGCUUGCUGGAAUUUUACAUAUACCACCACCGACAUCGUAUCAAAUUAUAGAAAGAACUGCAACUCCUCCUUCGCAUAAGCUCGGACUAUAUAGGUCAAAAGGUAAGGAUGGUAAAGAAGGAACACCUAUUGAUAUUCAGAGUAUAUUGAACGGCGCUGCGAAGUUCUGCCGUCAUUGCGAUGUCGUGAUAUUAGAUUCAGUAGUCAGAGCGAAGGCGUCCGAGUUUCCUUUGUUAUCAGCCAAUAAGGGAAAUGCUGGAGAGAUUCUUUGUGACAGCGAUUCAGAGCUAUACUUUUGUAGUACCCAAUGUUAUGAGAGUUUUGCUUGGCGCCCAACUAAUAUUAUUUUGGAUGGAAAAUCUAAGGCUGCUGUUAAGGAAGACAGUAAACCUGAUGUUGAAACAAACUCGUCAAAAGACCGCGAUGAUUUUGAUACAGCAUCCACAGAAAGUAUGGAAACAGAUGAUUUGGAUAUCAAACCUGAUAUUAAAGACGAAAAAAUGGAUUUGUCGUUUAUGGAUUCGCUAGAUAAUGACGAACUAAUGAAAGAGGUUGGUGACGACGUAAGUGCUUUGGAUGAAGACUUGAAGAGUGAACAAGACGAAAAGAGCAAUCAAAGCUCGGAGAGGGAAAAGUUCAGGGGCAUUCGCUACAAAGCGUGGUCACCAGGAUGUAUCGGGCCACCUGUGAAAUAUAAACGACCAACAGACCGAGAGCUUACUGAACUAGUAUUCCGCACUGGUGUUGCUAUAAUGCCUGUAACUAAUGAAGACUCGAGGCGAUGCGAACUGUGCGGCAUUCAAGGCGAUGGUGUCGCAGACGGAGUGUCACGGCUCUUGAAUUGUGAUGUGAACCGUUGGGUGCAUUUGAACUGUGCUCUGUGGUCCGAAGGGGUCUACGAGACAGUUAGCGGAGCCCUAAUGAAUGUAGAAACAGCUCUAGCCGCUGGGUCUAACGCGACUUGCGCUGUGUGCAGGCGGCUGGGAGCUACUGUGAGGUGCUUCAAGGUUCGUUGUGGCAGUGUGUACCAUCUGGGGUGUGCAGUAAAAGAUAACUGCGUAUUCUAUAAGAACAAGACUGCCUUCUGCGCUUCACAUGCUCCCAAAAAUGAAAAGGACAACGAGCUUACAACACUUAGCGUGCAGCGUCGCGUCUAUAUAUCCCGCGACGAGCAGCGUCAGGUGGCGUCGGUUAUGUUGCAUUCGGACACCAACCACCUCAUCAGGGUUGGCGGACUUAUAUUCCUCAGUCCGGGCCAUCUGCUACCUCAUCAACUGGCCGCUUUCCAUACGCCGAAUUACAUCUACCCUAUAGGCUACAAAAUUGUUCGAUUCUACUGGUCAAUGACGCGAGCGAACUGUCGAUGUCGUUACCUGUGUUGGAUCACGGAGGAAGCGGGGCGGCCGCGGUUUCAUGUGCGGGCGCAGGACGAGCCGCGCGAUGAACUCGCCGCGCCUACCCCGCGAGCCGCUUGGGCUAAUGUUUUGGACGCUGUAGCGGCAUUGCGUGAGGGCCGUGGCGAAGACGGAGUGCUCAAAUUGUGGCCAAACUAUGUCACAGGAGAAGAUUUAUUCGGUUUGACGGAACCUGCUGUUGUCAGGGUAUUGGAGAGCUUACCUGGUAUAGAGACGCUGACGGACUACCGCUUCAAGUUCGGUCGCUCGGCGCUGCUGGAGGGCGGGCUGGCCGUGAACCCGUCGGGCUGCGCGCGCAGCGAGCCCCGCGCGCGCAGCAGCUGGCGCCGCGCCACGCGCUCGCUGCUGCCCGCCGCGCCCGCGCCGCCGCCCGCCGCCGACCACCCCGCCUGCCCCUACUCCAAGCAGUUCGUGCACACCAAGAGCUCGCAGUACAAGAAGAUGAAGAGCGAGUGGCGCAACAAUGUCUACCUCGCCAGGUCAAAAAUACAGGGAUUGGGUCUAUACGCGGCGCGGGAUUUGGAAAAACACACCAUGGUUAUAGAGUAUAUCGGAGAAAUUAUUCGUUCAGAAUUAUCAGAGAUAAGAGAAAAGCAGUACGAAGCCAAGAACCGCGGCAUCUACAUGUUCCGGCUGGACGAGCGUCGCGUGGUAGACGCCACGCUGUCGGGCGGGCUGGCGCGCUACAUCAACCACUCGUGCCAGCCCAACUGCGUGGCCGAGACCGUCGAGGUCGACCGCCAUCUGCGCAUUAUCAUAUUUGCUAAACGACGCAUCGCUCGCGGUGAAGAGUUGGCGUAUGACUACAAGUUCGACAUAGAGGAUGAUGCCCAUAAAAUAAUGUGUAUGUGUGGCGCGCUGAACUGUCGGAAAUGGAUGAAUUAAAUCGUCAGAUAUCGCCUCAUACGAUGGAAGCCUGGAUGACGUGGAUCACGUUGUUGGACGAUAAAGAAAAAAUAUUAUAGUGUGACGUGAGUAACGUCAGCACUCUCAACUACGUGUUUAUUGAUAUCUAUACUUAAUAACUUCAUCAUUUAUUUAUAGAUAUCAAUAAACACUAUUUUGAAGUUAGCUUAGGAAAGGCUAUGAUACCUAGUUUUAUGUACCAAAGUGAUUGUUCUAUAUUUAAGUAAUCAAAUCAUGCUAGAGUUAUUUAAAUGUUUUCACAGCCAGCUGACAUGUGAUUAUCUAAAAAUGAGACAAUAUCGACAGAGUUUUACUGAUAAUCUUCAGGUUUAUAUCCUAUAUUUAGCUCCCGCGAAAAUCAAUCAUUUUUUUGUAAAUAGUAUUAAAUCAAUAUAGAAGUUGUUAUUGAAUUUAAAUGUUUUAGACGUGAACGUUUUACGAUAGUAGUAUGUAGGGUAAUAUUAUACUUUUAUUAAUUUUACGUAUUUUAUGAAUGUUUUGCGUCGCUGUUUUAAAAGACUUAUUCUGUAACAUAAAUAUUCUAGGACCCUCACAUCUUAAGUUAUUACAGUCAAUCAAUAUUUUCGUAUACAAAGAGUAUACUUAAAAAUCUCAGCAAUGACUAAAACAUAGGUUAAGUUACCAAAUAGACGAGUCUGCAUUUAGUAUGCAUAGAGCACAAUUUAUUAAGCUAUUUUAAUAUCCGUUUUAUUAGAAAUUACGAUACGUGUUCUAAGGAAGACAGGUGUAUUGUAAUUUGUAAUGGAGCGACCCUAGACGCCACGAUGUGCCUGACCCGUUGUUGUUUAUCAUCGUAGGUUAGAUCUACAUAAUACCACAUCGCGCCUUCUGACGGUGGACAGACUUGACUGUACACUUGUUUGUAUGUAUGUAUGUAUGAGUGUUGACGUACUUUUAUUCACACCAUUUUAAAAUAAUUUGUUUUUAUAGAAGAAUAAUAAUAAUUAGGAUACAUAAAAUAUUUGAUAUAUAUUUUUAAUGGAACCGUGACAUGUUGUGAUAAAAUUAUUUUUAUGAAUAUUUACUCAGAGUCGUAUGACAUACUGUUCCACAGUCUCAAAUGAAUGGUGUGAAUAAAACAACGUGCAUAUAAAGUAGUUAGUGUAAUUAUUUAUAUGAUAAGUAAAAUAGUCCCAAUGUGAUAUUACCUCACAUAAUUUUGCGUAAACUUCAUAACGUAGUGGCCAUUGUAAUCUAAUCGGUUAGCGUGUUGGAGUAUUGCUACGCGUUGUACGGCAUUGACAAAAUGCAAGAAAGCUUGUAAGAUCUGGUUAUAGAGAUAUAUUAUAUAAAUGUAUGUAUGUAUGUAUGUAGCACAAGGAAUUAUAGGAUCGCAGGUUGCCGUCUACCAAUGUUAUGAAUUCUUGCAAUGUAAUUUUAAGUGUUAAAUGUGCAAUAUCAUAUCUUGAGUACAGAUUGUAAAUAUGUGACUGUAGCGCAGAGAUGAACAUUUUUAGUAUUUAAUCAUGGAUUAGGCAUUAUUUGUAAUUUAAUCAGUUAUACACCUUUCACAAUUGAAAAUUUCCAUCGAUUUUAUUUAAAGCAUUCCCAUACAUUUUGCAUUAAACACAAAUUAUUAUUUUCAUGAGAGAACAUAUUAAAAGUUGUAAAAUUAUGGACUUAGUAAUAUACUAUACAUUAGUAUUUUUAUUGCAUUAUUUUCCUAUAAUUAAAUUUUUAAUUAGUA